AUGCAGGCUGAUGUCAAUGCUGUAAGCUCCCAAAAUGCCUUAAGUCUUCCUCCAUCUUAUUCGGUAAAGAACACUCCCAUCGCCGCAAUUCCACUCACGCCGCCUCCUUGUCCAACUCAAUUGCCUCCGUCAUUCGCCGAAGAAAUGGAAGUUGACGUGUCCGGUGACACGGUUGCAAAGGAUUUGCAGGCCAUGACACUAGAGGUGAAACUUGAUUCGGUGUCGCCCCUCACGGCGGUUCAGGACACCAUCAAUGACCUUCAGACUCAGGUGGCCGACAUCCGAACUCGGAACGCCAAGAUGGCCGAGUUAGUUCAAAUCAUGAAUGGGCGCCUUGCUGCUCAGGAUACUGACAUCCGAGCUAUGGAGAAAAUGUGUGCUGAGAUCGCCAGAUUGCAAGAGGAGGUGAAGGCCUUGCAUGCCGAAUCUCAGACACGUGAGGCUCAGAUCCGGAGCGCUGAUGCAAUGUUGACUGCACAAGGACAUCGUACCGCCGUCCUGAUGGAUGCCUAUGAGUCCAUCCGGCAAUGUGUUGUCCCCAACCCACCCGUACCUCAUUUUAAUAAUGCUGUGUUCUUCCCCCCCGCCGGUCAUCCAGUCCCAUACAGUCAAGGCAUGAGCGCCGGGCAGGCGCAGGCAAUGGAACGGCUUUAUUUCAAUUUCACCCCAGGUCCUGUCUACAAUCAGCAGGUACUUCUGCUCCAAGUAUCGCCGCCGCACGUGCCAGGACCUUCAGGUUCCCAGAUCAACCUGUCCCUUCGGUGA